ACAACUACAUCAAGAUGGACUCCUUGCAGUAUGACCGGAAGCUUAUCCUUCAAAGUAAUUUAUCUGUGUAUAUGUCUUAAGUGCCAAAAUGAGAAAGAAAUUACCCAAAAUAAACGGAAACUGAGCGUUGCAUUAUGUCUAGCUUCACUGCUGGUCCUCAGAAAGAGGAAAGGAUGUGAUACGAGCCUCAGUCGCAUGCCCCAUCGGCCCAGAAGCGACGCUGUUUGUGUUCCGUUCUACUUUUUAUAUGUAAAUUAGCGCGAGCCUCCUCUCCUCAAGCCCUUUUCCUAACCAGAGGAGAAUGAUCCACCGGCAGAUUCUGUUAUCCCAGGUUUUGGUCUGCUUUGGGUUACUUGGUCGUUAUGCUGAUGCAGCUUGGUAGUUUCAAGAACCUGUACCAGAACCGGCUCCUGAGCCUGGCUGCCAUGUCCUCCCCGACCCGCAGUGGGCAGCCCCGCCAGUGCUGCAAAGGUGCAGCGCGUCACAGCUGUGGUCCAGACACAUGUGCAGUCAACAGUUUGAACCAGGAGGCCUUUAUGCUGGGGUUACAACGCUCCACCAGUGACACCGACCUGGUCUCACCCGACACCCGGUCCACACUCACCAUUAGCUCUGCCCACUACACCAUAGGCCAGUCUGAAGAUCUGCUCAUCAAAUGGGACAUCAAGGAGGAAGUGGAUGCUGGAGACUGGAUUGGAAUGUAUCUUGUUGAUGAGACUCUUUCAGAGAACUUUCUUGAUUACAAGAAUCGAGGCAUCAGUGGAUCUCACAAGGGACAAAUAGUUUGGAAAAUUGAUUCCAGCUCCAAUUUUAGAAAUUCAGAGACCCAGGUCUGCUUCAGGUACUACCACGGUGUCACUGGAGCGCUGAGGGCCACUACACCCAGUGUGACCAUCAAGAAGGGCUGCCCACCUGAGCGAAGUAUUUCUGCAGGUGGCAGACCACAGGGAAGGAGACAGGAGAGAUCAAUUUGAUCACAGGUUAUUUUUCUCAUAUU